UUUGUCAUACCCAUAAUGCACUGCGGGUAGCUAUCAUGGCGGCUCACUGAUGAUCAAAAGCGCAGAGAGACAGAUAUAAGGCGCAGAAAACAUCAACACUCGACGAGAAACUAUGAGCACUCAGUACAGCAUACUGUUCAAGCAGGAGCAUGCCCAUGAUGAUGCCAUAUGGACGGCAGCAUGGGGGAAAAGUGAGAAGGAUGGAUCAGAGACCAUCAUCACUGGCUCUCUGGAUGACAUGGUGAAAGUGUGGAAAUGGUCAGAUGAGAAACUGGAGCUCCAGUGGACUCUGGAAGGUCACCAGCUGGGCGUGGUGUCUGUGGACAUCAGCCACAACGGCGCCAUCGCCGCCUCCAGCUCUCUGGAUGCUCACAUCCGCCUCUGGGACCUGGAUUCUGGCAAACAGAUUAAAUCCAUGGAUGCAGGACCAGUCGAUGCCUGGACCGUAGCGUUCUCCCCCGACUCAAAAUACAUAGCCACAGGCAGCCAUCUUGGCAAAGUGAACAUCUUUGGCGUGGAGAGUGGGAAGAAGGAAUACUCCCUGGACACCAGAGGGAAAUUCAUUCUCAGCAUUGCAUAUAGCCCAGAUGGAAAAUACUUAGCCAGCGGUGCCAUCGAUGGAAUCAUUAAUAUCUUCGACAUUGCAACUGGGAAACUUCUCCACACGCUGGAAGGCCACGCCAUGCCCAUCCGCUCUCUCACGUUCUCUCCUGACUCUCAGCUUUUAGUCACAGCCUCAGAUGAUGGCUACAUCAAGAUUUAUGACGUACAGCACGCUAACCUGGCAGGCACUCUGAGUGGACACGCAUCUUGGGUGCUCAACGUGGCCUUUUCACCUGACAACACACACUUUGUCUCCAGCUCAUCAGAUAAGAGUGUGAAGGUGUGGGAGGCGAGCACCAGGGCGUGUGUCAACACUUUCUUUGACCAUCAGGACCAGGUAUGGAGCGUGAAGUACAACAGCACCGGCUCAAAGAUCGUUUCAGCUGGAGAUGACAGAGCCAUCCACAUAUACGACUGUCCCAUGUGAAGCACGCUCCACCAUUCCUACACCUGACAGGAGACAAGAUCGAGAACUUUUAAUAGACUCAGACUCUCUUGGUCCAAAGAGCUUCAGAGUCGCUGCUGAUACAAGCUUUCCUCCAACAGGUUUAAAUGCUGGGAUAUUAAAUAAAACCUUCAACCUGCUUCUGUAAUUCUCACACACACACACAGGUAAUGAUGUGACCUUGAGCUUUGAUUUGAUUUGCAUUUUUACAUUAUUGUCUCCUGCAACAUUCUCCAGCUAAUAAAAUACUUUUUUUUUUUUA